UCUGUCGUGACUACCACAAAAUGUAUUUAAUAUUAUAAUAUUAUAACAAUCAAAUCGCGCUAUGUUUCCUGUAAAAUGUUGUAAUUCCUGAUGUAAAAUUUACCUGCAAGUACAUCAACAGGUUCGUAACAUCCGCCGCCGCCGCUACCACAUGUAUCAUAAUUCACAACAAAUAUUAAUCAUCAUCGUCAAAAUGUUUUUUUUGUGACCAUCAAGACUUGCCAUUGGUAUUAUGGAAAUAUUCUUGGAGCCCCGAGCAGCCCCGCGUAGUGGUGGAAAGAAAUGAAGCGCAAACGGCACGAAAUUGACAUGAGUGGUGGUGUGCUGGGCGGACGGGUGAGCGUCAGUCGCAGGCGGAACGACGGAGGCGCUUGCACGUCGUGGUCUCCUUGGAAACGUUAACCGAAGCCAUUUUCGGGCCAAUAACUAUACAUCGUUUUUCCAAUGUUCUGUGGUUAACGAGAGGCGUCGACGAGCCGGUGACAAGACGCUAAACACAGUACGUUUUUAACGUUCCACCGUCAAGCUCURAGCUAGAUGGAGCCACUGAUUUUUGCUUAUCAUAAAAUCGUUCCAUCUACUAUCAAUAUUGCGUUUGCCGCCAAAAUUGCACAAAGUGGAUGAUACACGAAUGUAUACGUAUCAUCAAAAAUAUCAAAUACUGUAAAACAUGAUUAAAGAUAUACCUUUAAUAUUUAUAAAAUCAGUAUAUUAUCUUUAAUCAUGCUGUAAAAUGAAUAAUGAUGUUGAUGGCCAUUUACAACAAUAUUAUAAUAUUUUGGUAUCACUGAUAAUGAUACUAUAAUAAUGUUAGAAUUAGACAYAUUAUUUAGUAUAGGAUUUUUUAUUCAACGGUAAUAUUGGUAAUUUACAAAAUAAAUAAAUAGGUGAUACAAAAGUGUUUUUACGAUAUUUUACUGACRUCUGACACKRCUGCAGCUUACGUUUUGCAUACUUUGAUUUGAAAAGUGGUCYGAGUCCGAUGUCCAGCGACAUGAACUCCAACGACGAUGAUCUAAAAGCUUUGGCUUUGUUCUUGGAUGCUGAAAUCGAUGCUAAUCCGACAACAGAAAAAAUCACAGACAGCAAACAGGAUGAAAUAAAGGACAACAAAGACAAUGGUAAUCAACCRGCUGAGAAUUCUGGAAAGGAAACCGGAUCAUUUAGUGACUUUUUCAAAUCAAUGAAGUCAAAAGUCGUUGACUUAGAUGAAGAGGUAGUUAAAUGUGAACCAAAAAAGAAUUCCAUACCCAAAAAACCAAAAUUUGGAUUUGAUCCCUCAGCAGACCCUGUGUUUGGUCUAUGUAUGAUCAAUCCAUUGUUGUCAUCUCAGACAAUUCAAGAYAGAAUGAUUGGUAAAGUACCGGUGCCCGUCGGCCGAGUGAAAACACAUCUUAAGUCUGCAGACGAUUCAGAUUGGGUUGUAGCCGGCGUCUUGGUGAACAAAUCUCUUCCAAAGACUUCRCAAAAAGGUUCUACUUUUAGCAUAUGGAAAAUAAGUGACUUAAAACCAGGUAUGAUGAGUACUAUAACAAUAUUUUUAUUUGGUCGCUCACAUGCUGACUUGUGGAAAACAGACGUUGGAUUUGUGGUUGGAAUACUGAAUCCAAAAGAAAUGGAUGGUAAAGACAAGAAGGAUGAAAUAGCAUUAUCUAUAAAUAGCGGUGAUCAAGUGAUGUUGUGGGGUAGAUCCAAAGAUUAUGGAACUUGUAAAGGAGUUAAGAAAAAUGGAGAAAAGUGUGAUAUGUUUGUAAACAUUAAUAACUGUGAUGUUUGUACAUUUCAUGUAAAACGAGAAUAUAUCAAGCAUUGUAGUCAAAGAGCAAAUAUUGGAAAUUCUAGACCAACAGCAGCGCACAGCUUACGAGAUAAAAUAUUAGGCAAAAACGAGGUGUUUUAUGGUGGUCAAAGUUUUGUGUCUACUAAAUCUAAUCAUUCAAAAUUAAUGAAAGAAGACCAAGUGAAACUUCAACGAUUAAAAUCUACUAAAAAGCUUGAGUUAGGCCCAAUUGAAUCUCUUGCCGCUGCACCACGUGCUACUAUUGCCAAUCGUCGUGCUACUGCUAUAAAAGAUUUUGUUAACGGUUUGAAAACCAAUGAAAUUAGUGGUUCGGGAAAAAAGAAUAUUGAUCAUAAAGAAGCUCCAAAAAUGUGUACGUUCAAAGACAUACUAGGUAGCUCAUCAAAUCUUAAAAAUGUUGGAUCAAUGCGUCCAAAAUGUGCCAAAGCUAAUGCAUUGAAUUGGAUUAAAUCAAAUGGGACAAUCCAAAAAGAAAAUCCCAACUUAUUUGAGAAAAGUAAGGGUGGUAGAAAAAGAAAAUUGCCUGAAGAUAUUGUUUUAGAUCUAGGUCUAGAAAAGAAAGUUGCUGUUGAAGAAAAGGUUUCACCAAGAUUUUUGGAACUUAUGAAAGCUACUUCUCAGAACCAAGAUCUUAUUGAUACAGCUCAGCAAGAAGCUGAAGACAAAUAUUUUGAUCAAAUGGAUAAAAAGGAAAAAAUGGAACACAAAAUGAUGAACACAUACAAGAUGCCAUGCAAAGCUGUACGUUGUCUUGUAUGCAAAUAUACUUGGUUUUCAGCAUCUGAAUGGUGUAAAACUGAAAAACAUGCGUUGCGUGUAAUGGAUGCUACUAAAAGAUUUUUCAAAUGUAAUGAUUGCAACUCGAGAAUUGCUUGUUUGACAAUGUUUCCUAUGAUUUCAUGCAAAAACUGCAAUGGUUCCAAAUGGGAACGAGCACCAAUGAUGAGUCACAAGAAAGUUGAUGAAAUCCAUUUGAGCAUUCGUGGAGAUGAGCAAACAUUCUUGAGCUCUAUGCAACCAAAACUUAGUAUGAGCUUGAUGGUGGCAGAAGAAGAUUAAUAAGUAAUAAAAUUGUUUCAUUUUUUAUUGUCCUCGCAGAUUUAUUAUCUAAUUGUUUCAUGAUUAAUGAAUAUUGAAUAAUGACAAAUAAUUAAAAUAAUUGUAUGGACUUAAAUAAUUGUAUAUUGAUAUAUUUUAUUCACUGAUAUGUUCAUAAAUUUUA